AUUCCUGUUCAAGGGGUUGGAGUACACAACCUGGCGUAAAAUCAGAAGAAGACGAAGAAGAACAUUAAGAAUGGAACCGGAAGUGAAACUGCUGCUGGGCUGAGCAAAGCAAAUUGAAUUGGCUUGCAGCUAUACUAUGACUUUGGUAUAGAGGAUUAUAACUGAUGAAAAUACACUAUGCAUGGACAAAAUGGAGCAUUGUGGACAUUUUUUUCUUCUUCGGAUGUAACUACUAAAGGUACUGGCACUUUUCCUACAAUGGAGCUGAGAGUAUAGUCAAGAAACGGAGAUGGAAAAGGUGACGCCUCUUCACCUGACAUCAGCGACUGCUUUAACACUCUCAAACAAAGACUGAAAGGAAAGGAAGGGAGUCCUCUGGGUUAUAGGCUUGGGGUGAGACAAAGAGAAAACAUCCCAAACCAUAAGCUAUUCUUUGAAAACCAGAGGAAAUGGCUUUCUUGGACAAUCCAACCAUUAUUCUGGCUCACAUCCGACAGUCUCAUGUGACCAGUGAUGAUACAGGAAUGUGUGAGAUGGUACUAAUUGACCAGGAUGUAGAUCUGGAGAAGUGCCAACUUUCUCUGGUGCCCGGAAGCAGCUGUGGGUCAACUGGAUCGGGCUCUCUGAGUGAGGGGGGCAGCAGCGUGAUGGACAAUCAUGCCUGUGAUCUCUCUCAGUCCAUGGACAUCACCUCCAGCUGGGACUUUGGCAUCCGUCGGCGCUCUAACACAGCUCAAAGGCUUGAAAGACUAAGGAAAGAACGGCAGAACCAGUUCAAAUGUAAAAACAUCCAGUGGAAGGAGAGGACAUCCUCCCAAUCAGUGGAAGAUCUGGGAUCUCUGUUUGAAAAACGUGACUUUAAAGACAGGCCACGGACAGCUGGUACAAAAUCAACCCUUUCAUUGCGGCUGGAGCAGUGCCCCCAGCAGCUCAACAACCCCUUCAAUGAAUACUCCAAAUUUGAUGGAAAGCAUCCUCUAAAUGCUGCUCAUGGCUUCUCUCUAAUCCCUGUGGACAGUCUGAAGGUAACAAUGAAGGAAAUUCUCCAGAAAGCACUGAAGAAAAGGAAAGGCUCACAGAAAGGCUCAGGACCCAUGUAUCGCCUGGAGAAGCAAAUGGAGCCGAACGUUGCUGUCGAUCUGGACUCAACGCUGGAGAGCCAGAGCACCCUGGAGUUUUGCCUGGUCAGAGAAAACAGCUCCAGAGGUGAGGAGAGCUCUGAAGAAGACCCUCCUAUUGACAUCACCACAGUUCAAGACAUGUUGAGCAGUCACCACUAUAAGUCCUUCAAGAUCAGCAUGAUUCACAAGCUGCGUUUCACCACAGAUGUCCAGCUGGGUAUUUCAGGAGAAAAAGUGGAGAUUGAUCCUGUCACCAAUCAGAAGGCCAGCACUAAGUUCUGGAUUCGGCAGAAACCCAUCUCUAUCGACUCAGACCACCUCUGUGCCUGUGACCUUGUAGAGGAGAGAAGCCCAAGUCAUGCAAUAUUUAAGCUCACUUACCUCAGCAACCAUGACUACAAGCCUCUCUACUUUGAGUCUGAUGCUGCUACUGUCAAUGAAAUAGUGCUGAAGGUAAAUUACAUCCUGGAGUCCCGGGCCAGCACCUCUCGUGCUGAUUACUUUGCUCAGAAGCAACGGAAACUGAGCCGACGGACCAGCUUUAGUUUCCAGAAGGAGAAGAAGACUGGCCAGUAGACAGAGUAAAACUGCUCAGCCAGUUGUUUUUUUGUGUGUGAUUACACAGGGACAAGGCCUAGCAAUGUCGUACCCAGGCUAGGACUCAAAACUCCUAGAAGUGGAGACUAACAGAAAUGUCACAUCAGAAAAGAUGAGAGACAGUCACAGGCAGAAAAUGGACCAGGAAGACAUGUCUCUGCUUCAGCUGGCGAGGUGGUUUCUGUCUCUGAACCUUCACAAGAAAAAACAUUUCGCAAGCAAAAGUAAAC